CAACAAUUAGUAUAUUGGCAAAAUCCUAUAAUACUCUUCGUCAAAACUAUAAAAAAUUUGAGCGUAGUCAGUCUUUUAACAAUUGAUUCUCCUAAACACAGUUCCUUGCUCGCGUUAGAA